AUGUUGGACUAUUAGCUAAUAAUAUUGAUAGUGUUCUAUUGGAUUAUUGACAUAAUUGUUAUUUUAACUCUCUCAAUUUUGAAAAUCAAGUUAUCAUUCUUUUAUAUUUUAGAUAUAAAAUUACAGUAGGGAAUUUAUUGAUUGAUACAUUUUUGGCAGCUAUUUUCAAAACUACAAUCCUAAUUAACUUCACCUACUCUGAACUAGAUAUUCAAUAUUUUAGCUAUGUUAUCAUGGCAUAUUACUUUAUCAGAUCGGUCAUCAUUAAUAUUAGAAAAAUAGCAACAAAUUAGACAAUCACAUAAUACUCCUUUGUAUAAUAUACAUUAAAUUAUAGCUUGUUUAAGGUGUAAAAAUAUUGCUUGUACUCUAAUUAAUGUUAAUAACCAUGAGAUGGAAGUGCACAAUUUAUUGGAGUUGGUAUACAACAUUUAGCAUUGCUUGGGGUUUAUUAGUUAUAAGCUUUAUUGUGCAUUUUGUUUUUCUUCUCUCGAUAGGUGAAACCUUAAUUGAUUACUAUAAAAAAAAGACAACUAAAACAUAAUUAGUUGGAGGAAUUUGGUUAACAUUUUAUUUAUGCGGAUUUAGUGGAAUUCCAAUGUGGUUUUGUUAUAUAAUAUGUCAAAAUCAAGAAGUAAAGAAUUUCUAAACAGCUGAUUAAGCUACUUUAUUAUGCAUUUUAAUAGUUUCUUAUAAUCUUUCACUUUAUGUGAUUACUGCUAUAUGUAAGGUCUAACUUAUGUAAGAAACUUUAUUAUAUUUAUAGAUAAUUCAUAAAAGAUAUGGGAUUUGAUAUUGAUGUACAAUAGGAGCCAGUUGGAUAAGAAGAAAAAUUGCCUUAUCAAUUUCUUAAAAUAUCUUUACCAUAAAAAUUAAUUCAAAUAUCUUCUACUUAUUUUGAUUUUGCUUAAGAGUCAAAUAAAUAGUAGAAAUAAUUAUAGCACAUAUCCAAUAGCAAUUUCAGUGUUAUUAAUUAAAAGGCCAGACUCAAAGCUUUCGAAUUUAUGGCUAAGACUGAAUAAAUUAAUUCACCAGUAGAAAGAGAAUCAGGACUUGUAAAAGGUGAAGAAAAGUGUCAGAUUUGUUUUGAAAAUGAACCUCAAAUUGUAAUGCUUCCUUGUUAACAUGGUGGAAUUUGUGAUGAGUGUCUUGAAAAAUGUUUAAAGAAAUCACCAAAUUGUUAUUUAUGUAGAAAGGUAUCUUAUAAAUUUUUAUUAAGAAAAUUCAAAAAUUGCUUCGAGUUUCUAAGGAGGCUUCUGGGAAAUUUGCAAUAAAUGACAUUGCAUUAUGUGAUGCAUGA